UUGAGCGAUUUAGCCGUUAGCCGGUUAGCGCUACAAAAUUACUCGUCUUGGAUUCUUUCUGAUUUUUAUUCAUUUCAUGUUUUUCGCGGGAGCUACGUCGUUUAGUUGCAUUCUGAGCGUUCUGUCUUCGUCCGCUUUUUCGUUUUCCCAUUUUUCUUUCCGCGAUCACCGUGGUUUACUAUUUUUCUGUGACACCACUCACACCAGUGACUUUCUUGUUUCUGGUGAUCAUGUGUUCUCGACCCAACGGUUUAUUGAUUGCCGGACUCAUGGUACCUGAACGGGCUGAACCCUUCACGCAGAAUCAUCGCAAGGAUAAAGAAUGGACGCGUCGAUUAAUCGGUUUGGUGAAGAAGAAUGUCGGCCUGUGGAAAACGGACGAUCCGUCCUACCACGAGCUGAAGAACCGAGCCAAGCGUGAUGAUGUGUGGAAAUCCAUCACGGCUCGCUUGGGCCAUCCGCGAUCGGAUCACCUGGCAGUGCGGGAAGCCUGGCAAAAUAUGCGUACGUAUUUUAUGGCCAAAGGAUCGCAAGGUCCGGACGUGCGGGAAUUCACACACUGGCGCCAUCAGCUGAUGUCCUUUCUCUUGCCGUACACGCGAGCAGUCGCCUGUGAAAGGCCCAGGGUGGCUCGGAAGUCGGUGGGAGGGCGUAGAGCGCAUACGCCGGUGCAUGACAGCGACCAGGAGUCGGCCGAGAGCGAUGCGGAAAUGGACGAGCCGGCGGAUGGGAAUGACGCCCCACUUCCGCUUGUGAAGAGCAAGAUCACCGCGCCGGACGUCGCAGCAGAGCCGUCCAGUGCGGGCGGUGCGGCCGACACGGAGCAGGGGGAUGUCGUGGAUUUUGCACGGCAGUGGAUGGGCGAGACGACCGCGCUACCGCCCGUUAACGUCGACGACGAGUACGCGGCUUUCUAUAACACCGUGAAGGGAAUGAUGGGCUUCCUAACACCGGAGCAGCGUGCUGUCGCGCAGAAACUCAUGGUCAAAGCCUUGGCGGAAUUUUCGGCGGAAGUGAUGUGAACCGUGAAUUUGAUUUAUGAUUUUCUGCCUUUUUUUUCCUUUUGUUUGUGUACUGAAUCUAACUAUGAGUCGCGAUCUCUGUAGAACGACAGAAGUUGUAAUCGGGGCUUUCUUUUCUAACUUUUCUGACAUGGAUUUUAUUGUUUUUACUAACGCUGGAUAUGUUUGCUCAACUUGAUGACAUUUGCUCCCUGUUUUAAUUAUGCACGGAUUUUUAUAAUUUCUGUUUGCGUUGAUAAAUAAGAGCAUAUAAAUUUGUAGUUUUCACAUGGAGCCAUG